UCUACAGUGACACCGUGAAGGGAGGGGGAGGACGAGAGCUGAGCAGUGAGCAAUAGUUCACUGGAUGUGGGAUACAGAGUGGGAUCUGCAGCAGAACAAGAUCAGAUAGCUGAUAUACCAAGAAAGUGUAAGACUGUCAACUGCCCAUGACUCUGAAAUAAGCUGUGAGGGACUAAUUUUGUGAAUGGAUUGGACCCUAAAGGCCAUGUGAGUCCUACAGACAUUUAAUUUAAGAAAGCUGUUAUCAAGUCGUUCUGCUAUUUCAGUGGUUCAAAUUAUGACUUCAGUUCUUCACUAAAGUCAUUUUCUAAUUUCUUGUCUGGUCUGAUCAACUGGAUAUCAGUCGAGCAAUAACUUUGGAGGACUUGACAGAAGGAGCAAUUGUAAUGCCCUGCGUAUUGAGUGGAAAAAGAGACACAUUUAAAGUAGGAGGCACAGACAUGAUGGUACUCUGUGGCCAUUUACUUCUCUGCCUCAGGAGGAUAGAGUGGUUCUACCCGUAACAAAAGAGAAGAUUUGAAGAAAGCUCAAGGAGAAGGAUGCAGCAGUUUGGCUAAAAGACCUGGGAGAAAAAAGGAAAGUUGGAAAUUAACAUUUAUUGGGAAGACCUGCAUACAAGCCCAUAUUAUUUUCCAGUCCAGCCUCACAAGGGAAUCACACAGCCUCAUCACAGUACUCCAGUGACUCUAAUAGUUGUGCCAGCUGGAGGAAACAGAAGAUACGUCACAUAAAAUGGCAGGGCAUUGGAUUAGCUGGCUAUUUCUGUACCUUGUUGAUUAGAGAUACAUAUAUUGUAUCCACCAGAGUAUUCCCAAUAGAGCAGGGUUGAAAGAGAGGAAGGACAGAAAAUAAAAUGUCUGAAAGGAUAUGUUAAAAUUUAAAUGUAGUUAUGUUUGAAAUCUAUGUAAAACUGUAUCAUUUGCAUGCCUGUCCUAAAUUGUGUAGCGUAAAUAAAUCCAUGUCUCAACAGCACCAAAACACCUAAUUGUAAAUUACAUUCAUCAACAACAUUUAUAUUGAGAGGAAAAACAAUCAAGAGUUGUUACUAAAUCACCAGUUACUAGGAAAGCUUUGUAAAUCAAGCCAUUAUUAGUAACCAUCUCCUUAACAAUAUGGGUUGACAGUGAGUGAAUCUUUAGAAAAGUCUAUAUCUUGUUUAAGUAUAUCAUAAAUAGCAGAAGUCUGUCCUAAACAAGCAGUCAAAAGUAGUUAUAAUAAAAAGUAUGGAACAAAGAGACAAUGUGUAGAUAGAGAAUGUAUGUUAUUUCAAACUGAAGUUCUUUUAUCUUACACUGAAGCUACUUACGAGGAAAAUUUGAAGGGGAAAUGUACAUCAUGUUCAUUGGCCGUGUCCAGUGUAUUUAAUGUGUAAUGUUUCUGCUGGGUCUGGAAGCAGCAACACGUUAAUGUACUAUUACAAACAUUACUGUAUGUCUGUUCAAACAAAGGAAAAUACUUUUGUGCCUCACUUCUCAAUUCCAGUUGACACAGACACUGUUUUGGGCGGAGCUGUGCACUUCCUCUGAGCCUUGUCCCUUUUUUAUAUGAUCCAAACACAUCGCUGUGCCCCACUGAGGCAUGAGUGUGGGAAGGGCCCACCAUCACAGCUUUGUGUCCUGUGAAGAAGACGGCCUGAGACUAAGUACCAUGCCUGCUGUGGGCAGCUUCGGUAAUGGCAAGAUUCACACAAGACGCAAAUACCACAGCCGGUUUGUCAGCAAGGCUGGACAAUGCAACAUCCACUUUUCAAACAUGGAUGAGAAGUCACAGCGGUACAUAUCUGACAUUUUCACCACGUGUGUGGACGUCCGCUGGCGAUACAUGUUCUUGCUAUUCAGCCUGGUGUUUGUGGUGUCCUGGCUAACUUUCGGCCUGGCAUACUGGGUCAUUGGCCUCCUACACGGUGACAUGGAACAUCCUAAAGAGAAUGACAACUUUGUUCCUUGUGUCAUGCAGGUUAACACCUUUGUGGCAGCUUUCCUGUUCUCUGUUGAGACCCAGACAACCAUUGGGUAUGGUGCUCGCUGUGUGACAGAGGAAUGCCCAGUUGCUAUCUUCAUGGUGGUCUUUCAGUCCAUCAUGGGCUGCAUCAUCGAUGCCUUCAUGAUCGGUGCCAUCAUGGCCAAGAUGGCAAGGCCCAAAAAACGUGCAGAGACUCUACUGUUCAGCCACAAUGCAGUCAUCGCUUUGCGCGAUGGGAAACUGUGCUUCAUGUUUAGGGUUGCUAAUCUAAGGAAGAGCCACAUUGUGGAAGCUCAUGUACGAGCCCAGCUUGUCAAACCCCGUUACACAGAGGAAGGCGAAUACAUCCCCUUGGAUCAGAUUGACAUGAACGUAGGUUAUGACAAUGGCACAGACCGCCUUUUUCUGGUUGCACCCCUGACUGUCAUACAUGAGAUUAAUGAAGAAAGUCCACUGUUUGGCAUAAGUAAACAAGAUCUUGAAACAUCUGACUUUGAGAUAGUAAUUAUACUUGAGGGGUUGGUGGAGGCCACAGCCAUGACGACGCAGGCACGCAGCUCUUACCUACCUUCAGAGAUUCUGUGGGGUCACCGCUUUGAGCCCGUCAUCUUUGAGGAGAAGAGCCAGUACAGGAUAGAUUAUGCUUACUUUCACAAAACAUACGAAGUACUGUCCACCCCCAGAUGCAGUGCCAAGGACAUGGAGAGAAAAUUCCCAACAUCUGGCGCCAACUCUUUCUGCUAUGAGAAUGAGCUGGUCUUCAUCAGCAAAGAUGAGGAGGAGGAGGGGUAUGUGGAGAAAGAGGAAGACCGAAAGUGUUCAACAGAGCUAGUGAAUGAGCAGGCCAUUCCUGGGGAUGAUCAAAAGUCCUCCCAUAAAGAAUCAGAGAUCUAACCUUUGGCUGUUGCUAGUUUGGUUUGUUUUUGGAUGCAGAGCAGUGCAAGCGUCAUGUGAAGAGCCCUAUGACUGUCGUUCUCCUGACAUGAGGAUACCAAUAAAGGUGGAGAAACUGCCGUAAUGAUCUCCGUCAGAAAAGCAAGAACAUUUCUCGUUGGAUUUAUUCUUGUGCUUUCCCGAAAAUUAUGGAGCUUUAAUGAAAAACAACCUGUCAUGUUUCAAUUUUCAGACAAAACUAGUCAUAAAGUCUAUGACAAUAGCAAAGUUUUGUAUGAAUAUUUUGAGAAAUGUUUCAUAGUUUGCAACAAGUGUGGAGUGAAACUGACACUUUGCAGAUGAUGUUUAGGAAACUAAACCUUGGGAAUAUUUCUCCUGAUUAAUUUGGUAAAAAACAGAAGUGUAGAUUAUCAGUGGAUUUUCCUCUUAAUGAUAUUACUUUUGUGAACAAUAAGACUAAAUAUUCUACAUUAUACAAUGUAGAAUAUUGAAGUUGGCAUACAUACUAAUAUACAGUACAUGCAUGCAUGUAUAAUCUAACUAUGGGGGGCACAUGACAAGGUAGAGUUUUAAAUAUUUCUAUCACAAAAAGGGAAGACAUUUAUGAAUAUAUUAGCCAGUGAGAAACAUUUGACCUCAGUAGAUAUAAAUGUGUAGUUUCUUUUUCAACAGUUUACCAGAAACGUUUUUGAGAAUAAACUGAGUGACUGAGCUUUUUUUACCAAGCCCUGCUCCCCUUGGUGUUGCUACACCUGUGAAACUUUUCAUUCUUCCAAAGCAACAUGCAAUUUACAAUAAUAAGUAGAUUUAACGCUCGAAAGCAAGUAUUUUCAGAAACAAUGGGUCCUUGAUUUGAGGCAGUGGUAGACAAAAGCUUAUCAUUUUUUAGCAGACAAUCGUUGAUUACAUUUCACUCUCACUGGCUAAAAGCUAGACAGCCCACAAAAAAAACUGACUGCCUGUUUACUUCACAGUAUUUCAAAAGUGAGUUUUUCAAGAUAUGCCUCUUUUAAGUUUUAAGGCCAAAUCCAAAAUAACACCAAUAUUGACCACGGGAACCUCGCACACAAGACAAAUACAGUACUAAGAAUAUAUCUGAGAGUGUCUCUUAAAGAAUAUUCUCAUAUUUACAUGUUCUGUAAUCACUUGUAUUAAUAUAUAUAUAUAUAUAUAUAUAUAUAUAUAUAUAUAUAUAUAUAUAUAUAUCUUAAUACAAUUUAAUUUAAAGUACUUAAUGAGUUUGAAGAUUAUGUGAUUUGUCUAACUGGAAAUCAGUGUAAACAAUUUAAACCAUACCUUGAGAUAACCCUUGGCACAUUACAUUAAUGUGAAAACAAGCAGACAUGCAGGCAAUCAAGAAACAUUUAUUCAAUCGCGUGUCUCGCAUUUUUAAUUGCGAGACAUAAGCGUCCUAAUUUAUAUAUACUUUUUCUCAGUUCUUCUCCAGAGGCAUUAUUCUCUUUCUUUCUCUUACUAUUAAUGUGUAAAGUAAUAAAGAGUUUAGGUCAGACUGUGUACCACUGCUUCACUCAUCCCAGGUGAGAUUACUUUGUUUUCCCUCCACAUUUCUCAAACUAAUAGCUCCAUGUGGGUGCACUUACUACACCUGACUGCCAUUUCAGCAAAUUUCAACACAUUUGUAUUUGCAGUAUAUCUUGCUGACUUGUGCCGAAAAUAUCAGAAUGGGCUUGCUUCAGAAACAAAUUGUGGUUCCACUGAUAUUUGAACCAAGUCAGAGGACAGAUAGCUAAUUUGUACAUUUGUUAGGCCGUUAUUGUAAAUAAAUCUUUAUUGUUUUGGUUUUAACAUCUUUCUGGCUGAAGAGACACUAAGUAUUAAAACGUUGUCGAAAACAAUCUGUGUUAAUGUCAUACAUGUCUUAAUCAAAGCAAGAAACUGGAAAUACUCUCUUUGCUUGAUGGACUGAAGUAAUGUCUACUGAACUGAACGACCUCUUGUCUUCCACUAAAUGCAUUUGAAGCAAUCUGAUUCUUUGAGUUGUACUUUGUUUUCCUCACAUAAGGUUUUAGUUUGUUGUGUGAGACAACAAUAUAUAAAUUGACA